GCCAGUAUCACUUUCAAACAACUCAUACAGAAAACACAAUGUUCGCCAAGAUCCUCGCUGUAUCUGCCUUUGUGGCUUUCGCUCAAGCUGGACUUUUGCCAGCUGCUCACUUAAUCAGUGAACACGCUGUAGAUUAUUAUGCUCACCCAAAAUACGAAUUCAACUAUGGAGUUCAAGAUGGACACACUGGUGACCACAAAUCCCAACACGAAGUACGUGAUGGAGAUGUUGUGAAGGGAUACUACACCGUUGCCGAACCCGAUGGUACCUUGAGAACCGUCCACUACACCGCUGAUGACCACAACGGUUUCAACGCUGUUGUAGAAAAAUCUGGACAUGCUGCACACCCACAACAAGUUGCCCAUGCCGUCCCUGUUGUACACGCCGCCCCUGUCGUCCAUGCUGCCCCAAUUGUCCACUCCGCCCCUCUUGUACACUCAGCUCCAAUUUAUCAUCAAGUUGCCCCUCAAUACUACCAUUUCAGUUUUGAAUUCGAUAGUUGUCUUAUCACAAUCAUGUUCUCUAAGAUCGUUGCCCUUUCCGCCUUUGUGGCUUUCGCCCAAGCUGGACUCCUUCCAGUGCACUCUGCUGCCACCUCCUACUCUUCUACCAACCUGGUUUCUUCUCAUGGUUAUGCUGCUCCAGUCGUAUCCCAUGCUGCACCCAUCCUCACUCAUGCUGCUCCAGCUCUUGUUCACGGAUAUGCUGCUGCUCCUAUUGUUGCCCACUCUGCCCCAAUCGUUGCCCAUGCUGCCCCUGUCGUAGCCCAGGACUACUACGCUCACCCCAAAUACGAAUUCAACUACGGAGUCCAAGACGGACACACCGGAGACAACAAAUCCCAACAUGAAGUACGUGAUGGAGAUGUUGUAAAGGGAUACUACACCGUUGCCGAACCCGAUGGUACCUUGAGAACCGUCCACUACACCGCUGAUGACCACAACGGUUUCAACGCUGUUGUAGAAAAAUCUGGACAUGCUGCACACCCACAACAAGUUGUAGCUCAUGCUGCUCCAAUCAUCGCUUCUCAUGGUCUUUACCAUUAGGGUUUUACGGGAAAAAAACUUUGUUAUCCGAUUUGAGUUGUAAAUAUGCUUGUUUGUGUUCAUUUUAAGUUUUAUGCCAAAAAUAUAUAUUUUUGAUAGCCAUCA